GUUUUCAAGGUUGGCGCAUGUAGUUCAGUGCGUACAUUUGACGGCAUUGCUGUCACUGUGCCUUACCUUUUGGUUGUAGGUUUGAAUACUAAACGUGUUAUUUACGUUUUUUUUUUUUUUUUGCUUUCGGAUCUAUAGAUGUGACUGUAUUCCUGAGGAUAUUGACUCCUGUGACAACAAGAAAAUAACUGGUCAUUUAGAAAGUUUUCUCCAGAAAAAUGUUCCUUACUGCAGUACUGUUUAGAAAAGGCAUUCCAGGAAAACAGUGGAUUGGCAAAUACAGAAGACCAAGGAAGGUUACAUGGCAGAUGAAGCGGAAUAUGAUCAAGAGAUUGGAGAUUGAAGCUGAAAAUGAGUACUGGCUGAGCCGACCUUACAUGAGCAUUGAACAAGAAAUGGGGCAUGCUACUGAACGUAGGGAUGAAAACUGGCGCAUUUUCAGGAGCCUGCAAACUGCUAAUUUCCCUGAACACAAAUAUGUGGCAGACCACUUGAAUCAUUUAAAUGUUACAAAAAAGUGGACUGUAUCUUAAAAAAAAAAAAAAGUAACUUUUACAUUGUAAGUUUGUGUCAUAGAAAUAAAUUUCAAAUCAUGGAAAACCA